AUGGUGUGUGGCCGCGUGGUCCUGCUGCUGGUGCUCCUGUGCGCCCCCUUGAGGGCGCGUGUCUCCGAGCUGACCCUGAGCAUCCCGGAGGGGCUCCCCGCCGGGACGGUGGUGGGCGACCUGGCCGCCGCCCUGAGCGAGCCGGCGGCGGGCUUUUUGCUCUCCGAGAGCGGCGACUCGCAGGUCUUCCGCGAUCUGGACGUCCGCCCGGAUACGGGCCUCAUCUCCACGGCGACGGUCCUGGACCGGGAGACCCGGGGGAGCUACGAAUUCGCGGCCGCCACCCUGGCGGGCGAAGUAGUCAGGGUGCGCGUCCGCGUGGAGGACGUCAACGACCACUCGCCCGAGUUCUCUUCGGAGGAAGCAGAGCUGAAAGUGUCCGAGGCCGCCCCGCCCGGCGCCCGCUUUCGUCUGCCUGGGGCACGGGAUCGGGACGAGGGGGAACGGGGCGUGCGAGGGUACCGGAUAUCGGAAAGCCUCGCCGGGGAGAUCUUCCGACUGGAGCCGCAAGAUUCGGAUCUGGAACUGGUUUUAGAGCGCGGGCUGGACAGAGAAGCUCGGGACUUUUACGCCCUGACCGUGGAGGCCUUCGACGGCGGCGUCCCCGCCCGGAUCGGGAGGCUGCGGGUAAACGUGACGGUCCUGGACGAGAACGACAACCCGCCCGCUUUCCAGCCGGACCGCUUCAUCGCGUCCGUGCUGGAAAACGCUCCGGUCGGGACAUCGGUGUGCCGGGUCUCCGCCGUCGACCCGGAUGCGGGCGACAACGGAAGGAUCAACUUCAGCGUGGAGCGGCGGCAGAGUGACAACAGCUUCUUUUCCGUGGACGAGACCACCGGGGUGCUUUACCUCAACGAGCCGCUGGAUUUUGAAAGUCAGGCUUUCCAUGAGGUGAUGGUCACAGCCAGAGACAACGGCGUCCCGCCCGAGUCCAGUAGCACUUUGGUGCUGGUGACGGUGGAGAACGUCAACGACAACGGCCCCGUCAUCGAAACGCUUUUCCUCGGCGAGGACGGAGGAGUCUCCGAGGCCGCCGAGAUCGGACACUACGUGGCCAGGGUUUCCGUGUCGGACCCGGACGACCCUGGGGAGGCGCCGUCGGUCCGGCUGGAGGGGGACGAGGGCAAGUUCCUUCUGGAGCACGUCGACCGCUCUCUCUACGCGUUGCGCGUGGGCGCCCUGCUGGACAGGGAGGAGAAAGAUCUUUACCGUUUGAGGGUCCUGGCUACGGAUUUCGGGAGCCCCCCUUUGAGCUCCGAGGUGCUCUUUCCGGUCCGGGUGACGGACGUCAACGAUUGCUCGCCUGUUUUUGAGGAGGAUAGGCUUCUGGUCCGGGUCUCCGAGGACGUCCCAGAGGGGACUUCGGUCGUGCGGGUAGAGGCCCGGGACUCUGACUUGGGAGUCAACGCCGACGUCAGGUACUUCAUCCCGGAGUCGGAGUGCCCGGUGGGCGUGGACGCAGAGACCGGCCUGGUCACCACGGUGGCGCUCCUGGACCGGGAGGCGGGGCCAGAGACGUGUCGCCUCCUGGUGGUGGCGCGAGACGGAGGGGAGCCGGCCAGGUCGGCCACCGCCACCGUCACCCUCCUGCUGGACGACGUCAACGACAACCGGCCGGUCUUCCGGCAGAGUCUCUACCGCACCGCCGUGACGGAACACGCCGCCCCCGGAACCUGUUUUUUGCAAGUGGCGGCCAGCGACGCAGACACGCCAGAGUUUGGCGUCCUGGUCUACUCGCUUCCUGACGAGGAGUCGGACCUGUUCCGCAUCCACCCGCAAACUGGAGAGCUCUGCGUCUCGGGGGACAUUGACAGAGACGUCGGACAGAGCGUCCAUCACGUCCGGGUCAGAGCAGAGGAUCCGGGAGGCCUGAAGGCGCACGCGUGGGCGCGCGUGGAGAUCCAAGACCUCAACGACAACGCGCCGGUUUUUACUCCCGAGCGAUAUUUCGCCGGCGUCGGGGCUCACACGCCGCCUGGCUCCGAGAUCCUGACAGUGGUCGCCAACGACGCCGAUGACGGCGCCUUCGGCCGGGUCACGUACCGCCUGCUGCCCGGCGAAUUGUCCGCUCUCUUUGCCCUCGAUGAGCAAACAGGAACGCUGUACCUGACCUCGGUGCUUAGCCACCUGGGUUCCGCUAGCAUCGAGCUAGCCGUGGCGGCGCGAGACGCCGGCGGUUUAUGGUCGGCCCAACCGGCCCGGGUGACGGUCGACGUCUCAGCCGGCGCUCAGGCGACCUUCCGGAAGUCCCGCUACGCCUUCACCGUGGCGGAAGAUGCCCCGCCGGGGACCAGCGUGGGCUCCGUGCAGGCUGUCAACUCGCCAGAUUCUGCGGAAUCAGUAUCCUACCACAUUGCCGCCGGUGACCCACAGGGUCUCUUUGCAAUGGACGCCGCGUCGGGCCUGAUCAGCACAGCCAAACCUCUGGACCGCGAGACCCAAGCGUACGCAUUGCUCUACGUCCAGGCCUACACGCCGUCCUCCAUGGUCCGCAGCGAGGCGCAGGUCCACGUCUCGGUGGCCGACAUCAACGACGCAGCGCCCAUUUUUCACAGGGUCCAGGAUGCCAUCCAGUUGUCUGAAAACACAGCGCUGGGCGCCACAGUGUACGUGGCACGCGCCCGCGACUACGACGACGGCGCCAACGGUCAUGUGACCUAUCACUUGAAAGCCGGGGCUUUCGCGGUGAACCCCGACUCUGGAACCGUGACGCUAAAUCGAAGCCUGAAGGCGGACCCUCCGGAAAGGUAUCACUUAAUUAUCCAGCGUCAAUUCUGGCAAAUAAACUCUGGCAAAGCAGUGUUGAAAAUCAGUGCCCGAGACGGCGGCAACCCUCCCCGGAGCGCCACCCUGACUUUGAGCGUGAAAAUGGUGGCGUCAUCUCCCGGCGACGGCCUGGCUUUCGAGGCGCCGCUCUACCGGGCGGAGGUCGCCGAGGACGCCCGUCGCAACUCUGGGCUCAUCCGAGUGAGCGUCCGCGGGGCCCCUGGCGUCUCCCCACUCUACUCCCUGGAAGAGGAUCCGGGCUCCCUGCCGCCCCCUUUCGGGAUCCAUCCUCAAAGCGGUCGCUUGUACUUGCGCGACGAGCUAGACUACGAGCGAGAGCGGACGUACCGCUUCCGAGCGGUGGCCUCGGCGGGCGGGGCCCGGGCGACGGCGGCGGUGGAAGUCCUGGUGCUGGACGUCGACGACAGCGCGCCGGUUUUCAACGAGGCCGAGUACUUCGCGGCCGUGACGGAGGGACCGCCGCCUCGGGGUCCGGCGGUACGGGUGACGGCCACCGACCGAGACUCCGGAGAGAACGCCCGGCUGUCCUAUGUCCUGCUUUCGGGCGUGAAGUUCUUCCGCGUCCAUGCCGAAACAGGUGAGAUCUUCAACUGGGUGGAGUUGGACCGGGAGCAGCGGAGCCAGCACACUUUGGAGGUGAUGGUCAGCGACCGAGGCAGCCAGCGACACAGCGCCACCGCCCGCGUCCACGUCCUGGUUACCGACGUCAACGAUAACCCGCCGCGCUUCGUGCACCCGCCGGCUAGCCCGGAACGUCACGUCCAGAUAUCAUCCGGAAUACCAAAAGGAUCCCUUGUGACAAACGUAUUUGCCAAAGAUUUGGAUGCGGGAGAAAAUGGAACAAUCACUUUUACGUUGCUGAGUGUCGGCGCAGGUGGUGAAAGUUUGCCACAUUUCGAGAUUGACGGUGAGAGCGGCGACAUCACGACCACAUCGCUGUUCGAGCGCAGCGUCCAGGAGACUUACCUCCUCCGGGUGACGGCCAAGGACGGCGGAUCGCCGCCACUAGAGGGCACUGCGCGCAUUCACUUGCAGGUGUACGGAUCAGAGGAGCGAGCCUCCUCCCCAGUUGUGAGACAUCUGCGAAUCCGAGAAGAUGCAUCGCCGGGCCCUGUGAUCGGUUCGGUGGGCGUCCCGUCUCUGGGAAAGAACAUAGACUACUCGGUCAUGGAGGACGACGAGGACUCCCCUUUCGGUGUGGACUCCCGUUCGGGCGAUGUCUACGUCCGCCGGCCUUUGGACUAUGAGGCAACUGCCCAGUACUCGCUGGUCGCUCUGGCCGAAGACCGGGUUGGCCGGAACAUCACGCUGAGGGUGCUGGUGACGGUGGAGGACGCCAACGACCACACGCCGUGGUUCCCCGACAAUCUGGCGGCGUUCGCCUUAAGAGAGGACGCCCCUCUGGGCUCGCUGGCGUUUGCCUUUUGCGCCACAGACGGGGACGGGACGUACCCCAACGGCGCCCUGCACUACUCCGUGGCGUCGCCCCCGGGCUUCCCCUUUCUAUUGGACCCUCGGAGUGGUAGACUGACGGUGGCGGCGCCCCUGGACCGCCGGAGACGCCCAACCUACACCUUCACUGUGACGGCCAGCGACCGAGCGGAAAGGCCGCUAGAGCGGCGGAGCGCGUCGAUAACAGCGAGGGUCUUUUUGCUGGACGUCGGUGAUAAGCGUCCCACGGAAGGGAGUCUCAUCCACCGUUUGGUCCCCACUGAUGCGGACCAUCCAGAAAAUAGGACGGCGGCCUACGUCAACCUGGCAGGAAACCAAAGAGGCUUGUUCACUCUGGAAGAAAAUACAGGUACGAAUGAAUAUCUCUCUUCAUAUAUUAUAUUAAAUGAAACUCCCUUCAAAGGAGGACAUCCCGUCGUCUUUCCCAUCACCUCCAUCGACGCGCCGGUCCAAGACGACGACGAUGAGCGCACACAGCCCUACCACGUCACCGUCCCGGAGGACGCACCCAUCGGUACCACGCUCCUGACCUUCUCCGCGUCCGACCCCGAAAACACGCAUCUGGACUACGUCCUCUCCGCGGGAAACCGGGAGGGGCUUUUCCGCUUGAAAUCCGAAACCGUCCGCUCAGAGAACGGGACGAAUAAGAUGGGGCGCUUGGUACUGCACAGUUCACUAGACCGCGAGACCGCAGACCACUAUGUGCUUACGGUGAGAGCGAACCGUCGAGGGACAACAACACAUCCAGCUGGUUACGCCGUGGUAACGGUGACCGUUUCGGACCGGAACGACAACCCACCGCUGUUCUUCAGCGCAGAGUAUCGCGUCCGAGUGGCAGAAAAUGCCCCCGCGGGUACCGGCCUGGUACGGGUCAGCGCCAGCGAUCUCGACGCGGGAGUCAACGCUAAGCUACGCUACGACAUCGUCUCUGGUAAUGGCGGAGGACGCUUCCGGAUGAACCCCGGGUCCGGACUUAUGGCACUCGACGCUCCGCUAGACUACGAAGAAGAGACGGAAUACAUCUUGACGGUUCGGGCGCGUGACGGUGGCGACUCUUCAGAAGCAGGGAAUCUGGCGUUCACCACGGUUUUUGUGGCGGUAUCGGACGAAAACGACAACGGUCCUUUCUUUGCCUUCCCUGAGUUGAACUGCUCCGUGUCGGAGAACCUCCCGACGUCGACGCGUGUCUGCUCUGUCCAGGCCGUGGACAAAGACACCGGCGCCUACGGGCGACUGACGUACUCUGUACUGUCUUCCUGUCCCGAAGAUUUGGCCGAAACGCCCUUGGCUGUGGAUCCCCGGUCCGGUGACGUCCGCACCCUCCGGUCGUUGGACUACGAACACCGACGCGAGUACUGCUUUGUGGCAGAAGCCCGGGAUGCGGGCGACAAGACGGCGACGGUGCGAGUACGCAUCUCCGUCAAAGGAGAGGACGAGUUUGAUCCUGUCUUCACACAGAAGCGGUAUCGCUUCUUUUUACCUGAAGGCGCAGAGCCUGGCCGUGCCGUUGGCUUUGUUACGGCGCUGGAUGGGGACGGGGGCGCCGAAGGGAAGGUGGAGUACUCUCUCUUGGACCCGUCGCCGUUCAUCUCCGUGGACAAAACCCUGGGAGCUGUGUAUGCGUUGGGCGCGGCGGAAUUGUCCGUGUUCGCUGCGAGCCCCCGACCGGGUUCCAGGAAAGCAUCCUGUCGGGUUUCGGUGGAAGUCUCGGGUCCAACCUGGGCGCUCAGCCACCACGUGCUCGGUCUGAGCGUCUCGCUCGCCGCCGUCCUCUUCUCCCUGCUCGUCUUCGCGGGUCUGGUGCUCAGAUCCAAAGUUGAACAAGCCGCCCCAAAAAAGACAGCCGCCGUCCCGGAUCUGCCGGACCGUGGCUUCUCCGUGCGGCACAUGAAACCUGUAGUCUUGACCGAAAACCGCCACACGCCGUCCGACCGGAGCGGUCGUGGCUCGGCGGAAGGCGAGUCGGUCGAGGACCAGGAAAUCCAGUGGAUCAACGGGGGUCACUUGUCAGAGAAACCGCUGGGAAGGAUCCGAGAAAGGAAUUCGGAUGGGGAUUGUUCGCCCUCCCCGGACGAGGGCUACGCAUGGGAGCGCCUUCUGGACUGGGAGCCCGGCUUCCGGACAUUAGCAUCGGUCUUCGCCGACAUCGGGAUGCUCCCGGACCGAGGGGAGCCGCCUCCCCUCAUCACGUCGGUGGCUCGCCCGGGGUUGCGGAGUGUGCGUCCCCGCCCACCCCUGGCCAGGAACACGGGGCUCACGCCGACGGCCAUGACGCCCACGUUCUCCCCUUCGCUGUCGUCGCUCACCGUCAGGAGUCCCGGCGCCUCUCCGGUCAUAUCGGACACCAGGCUGGACUCGGGGCCCCCAACCGCCAGCCUGCUGGAGGCGGAAAUACAAGUGUGA